UUCACACACGAAAAUAUACAAAAAUUAUUAAAUGAAAAUGACGGUUGUCGCUCGAGUGUUGAUUUCAGUGCUUGUUGUGGUGUUGACUGCGCGAGUGUCGAUGUGUUUCCGAAGGAACGUAACCGCAGAGAAAAUCAUGGAAAGAAAUUUUAGAAAAACAGUUCAACUUUCGGAUAAAUUCAACUGUGGUCCCCCACAGAAGAGAACCAUUUAUCUGCAUGAGAUUGUUGGAGAGGAGGUGUGGAAAACUGAAUAUAUGGAAAAAAUAGAAUCCGUACAUCCUUAUAGCGUGGUAUUGCACAGGUGUGAAAACGCAGGCUGCUGUGAAAAAUACAACGAAAGAUGCAAAUCAGCUAACGAAACAGAAGUUACAUUGACAUUCAUGUACAUACGCAAAAGCUCUGGGAGCACUUCUACGUACGAAUACAGGACUCACCAGGCCAAAAAUCACACACUCUGUGAAUGUCAAAUCAUCAGCGACAAGCAAAUAAAAUAAACAAUAGAACAUUUACUGUAUGUAAAUAUUUUUGUGCAAUAAGAAGAACUAGAUGACAACUAGACUAGCACUUUCGAUAAUGGUGCAGUCAAGCUAGAGACAGUAUUGUGACUAAAUUGUUUGAAUUAUUCGUAUUACGAUUUUCCUCAGUGAGUAUGUAGGAAGAUCGGAUGAGUCUUUUAGGAACAGCCAUGGUUAUGUUUACUCCAAUUCCAAAAAAUUAGUAAGAUAAGAUACGUGGUACUACAUCGUUUCCUCUGUGACUGGAACAUAUUCUGUAAAAAGUAAAAAAACUAAAUCCAUAUACUCGUGUCUCUAGCGUUAGAAGGUUAGGCAAUUCAACGAUCUGUCAAAAUGGUGCCCGUGGGUAAUAACAGGGUAUGAUAUGGCAACCCUGUGGGCUUGUUAUCCUUGGCAUGGUCAGUGAUACAUAUAUAGUUAUAUAGAUUGCUCAAAGCGGGUUGUUUUGCGUGCGGCCAUAUUGCCUCGCAAGUGCUCAUUAAUCAAAAUUGGUUUAGCAAAAAUGUGUUUAAAAAUACAUUUUCAGACUUUGAAUAUAGUACGUUUUUACUUCAAGGCAAAAGCUUAUCUUUAUUUUGAAAAACUUGGAUGAAUCUAUUUAACUAUCUAUAUCAUUGACCCUAUCAAGUCACCAGUCCCACAGGGUUGCCA